UUUUUUAUUUGGUUUUCAGGAGCCCCCUUCACAGCAAACUGCCCUUUGCUUCCCCUUUUCUCCGUACAGUGCGUUCAAUUUGUCAUCCAGGCUUUCUUUUUCGCUGCCUUUUUAGGCGAGAUUCUUUCUCUUUUUUUCGAUAAGCAAAAAAAUGCAAAUAUAUUGCUCCCAUUUUGUUUUCACACUUCGCCCCUUUGGGGUCUUGAGCGACAUCCUCAACGGAGAAAAAUAAUCCGAGGGUGAAACAUUACUAGCAAUUAGCGAACCCAUCUUUGGAAAUCCCCCUCCCCUCUUUAUUUAUUUUACUUCGUUUCUAACAGUAAGUGGCGACAGCCCGGCUAAUAAAUCAUUGCCAAUGGAGUCAUUGCUUGCAAUCAGCAGAGACAUAUCGCAGUUGCUCGCAGAGCCGCAAUUCAGCCAACUCUACAUGGAGCAUUUUACUGACCAAGCCAAGGCCAGUCCACCGCACAAGCGAUCCAUCGACAGCCACCCCCCAACAGUACAUCGCGUCAUCAAGGCACUCCAACAUCUAGGCAUCUCCAACGUAUCGCGCAUCUACCAUGUCCCAUCAGACUACUACUCCUGGCCGACCUACCAGCGAGCCCUGCACAUGACCGUGCCCAGUCCUGCCCAUCUGUGCAAAUCUGUGGUUAUGAAAAACAAGGGCUGGCGCCCGGAGCAUCCUGGCCACCAAUACUACUGCGUCAUGGUACAGUACACACAUACGAUCAACACCGCCACAAUGAUCGAUUGGGUGCGGGACUUGGACGGUGAGAAGAAGGUGGCGAAGAAACACUAUAACUUUAGGCUGGCGGACUCGGAAGUGUCGCUGGAAUUAACUGGAUUCAAAAAGGGCGGCGUCAGCCCUUUUGGCGUGAUCACUGAGAUCCCAAUCAUCUUGUGCGAGUCAAUCACCAGUCUACAGCCGCCAGUCUUUUGGAUGGGCGCCGGUGAUAUUGAUUACAAACUCGCCAUGCCAGUGAAGAGCUUUGUCAACGCGACAAAAUGCAUGAUCGCGGAUAUUUCGGUUUUCGUUAAUGAACAAUGACAAUAACAGUGAUACGUGCAUAUACACAACCUAAUACCAAACUAAUG